AUGGGGGUGAGGGGAGGUUGCGGGGUUGGAGAGGUGGGGAUGGGUAAUGUUGGGUUCGUUUGUUUUAGGGGUAAUGCUGGGUCUGUUUGUUUUGGGGUCAAUCUCAGGAAAAAAAAAGCCAUGUGGCUGACUUUAACGGUAGGCCCGUUUUGA